UUCCAUUUUCCUACUAGUAAAUGAAAGUCCGUGAAGAAAGGACCUUCUAGAACAAACUAGAGCUUUCAUUUCAGAAACCUGUAACGUUCUAGAACCCACCGGAAGCUUCAUGAAUCAACUAAUUUGUAUAAGUGAAAAAAAAAAACCUAAAAUCCAUCUCUUCUUCUUUUUCUUUUCAAUCAAAACCCAUCUAUCCUCCUCAUAAAACAAUCAUCCGAAACGAUCUUCUUCAUAAAACCCUAAAAAUAAUCCUCUGAGCAUUUUUUUUCCUGUUUUUCUUUCUGUGAGUUGAAUAGUUUGGAAGAAUGACAGGAAAAGCGGAAGGAACAGCGAUUGGUAUUGAUCUGGGUACAACAUAUUCAUGUGUGGGAGUAUGGCAACAUGACAGAGUUGAGAUUAUUGCUAAUGAUCAAGGAAAUCGUACUACACCUUCUUAUGUUGCUUUUACUGAUACUGAACGCUUGAUCGGUGAUGCUGCUAAGAACCAAGUUGCUAUGAAUCCCGUCAACACUGUGUUUGAUGCAAAGCGUUUGAUUGGGAGAAGGGUUUCAGAUCCAUCAGUUCAAGCUGAUAUGAAGUUAUGGCCUUUCAAGGUUAUACCUGGAACAGCUGAAAAACCUGUGAUUGUUGUCACCUACAAAGGUGAAGAGAAGCAAUUUUCAGCCGAAGAAAUAUCAUCUAUGGUUCUUAUCAAGAUGCGUGAGAUUGCAGAAGCUUACCUUGGUUCUUCUAUAAAGAAUGCUGUUGUUACUGUCCCUGCAUACUUCAACGAUUCGCAGCGUCAAGCUACGAAGGAUGCUGGUUCCAUUGCUGGUCUUAAUGUCCUGAGAAUCAUCAAUGAACCAACUGCUGCUGCGAUUGCAUAUGGUCUUGAUAAGAAGGGAUCUAGUACUGAGGAGAAAAACGUUCUUAUUUUUGACCUUGGUGGUGGUACAUUUGAUGUUUCGUUACUGACUAUUGAAGAAGGUAUUUUUGAAGUGAAGGCUACUGCAGGAGAUACCCAUCUUGGAGGAGAAGACUUCGACAAUAGGAUGGUGAAUCACUUUGUGCAAGAGUUUAAGAGGAAGAACAAUAAGGACAUCACUGGAAUUCCAAGGGCAUUAAGAAGGUUGAGGACAGCCUGUGAGAGGGCAAAGAGGACUCUUUCUUCUACUGCUCAGACCACAAUUGAGAUUGAUUCUUUACAUGAAGGUGUUGAUUUUUACACAGCCAUUACUCGUGCUAGAUUCGAAGAGAUGAACAUGGAUCUUUUUAGGAAAUGUAUGGAGCCUGUUGAGAAGUGUUUGAGGGAUGCUAAGAUGGACAAGAGCAGUGUCGAUGAUAUUGUUCUAGUUGGUGGAUCAACUAGGAUUCCUAAAGUGCAGCAAUUGUUGCAGGAGUUCUUUAAUGGGAAAGACCUUUGCAAGAGUAUCAACCCUGAUGAAGCUGUGGCUUAUGGAGCAGCUGUUCAGGCGGCGAUUUUGAGUGGUGAAGGUAAUAAGAAACUAGAUGAGUUGUUGCUGUUGGAUGUUACUCCUCUCUCCCUUGGACUCGAAACAGCUGGAGGAGUUAUGACUACAUUGAUUCCUAGAAACACCACUAUUCCUGCCAAGAAGGAGCAAGUCUUCUCUACCUACUCAGACAACCAGCCUGGAGUGUUGAUUCAGGUGUAUGAAGGCGAGAGGGCAAGAACCAAGGAUAACAACAUGCUUGGUAAAUUCGAGUUGUCUGGAAUUCCAGCUGCGCCUCGUGGUGUGCCUCAGAUCACUGUUUGCUUCGACAUUGAUGCAAAUGGUAUUCUGAAUGUGUCUGCUGAAGAUAAAACUACAGGGCAGAAGAGCAAAAUCACCAUCACAAAUGAUAAAGGAAGGUUGUCCAAGGAGGAGAUUGAGAAGAUGGUGCAAGAGGCAGAGAAGUACAAGACAGAGGAUGAGCAACACAAGCAGAAAGUCGAGUCUAAGAAUACUCUGGAGAACUAUGCUUACAAUAUGAGGAAUACCAUCAAUGACGAAAAGAUAGCUGGGAAAUUGGAACCAGCUGAUAAGAAGAAAAUUGAGGUUGCCAUUGAAUCUGCUAUCCAGUGGCUUGAUAACAACCAGCUUGCGGAGGCAGAUGAAUUUGAUGACAAGGUAAAAGAGCUGGAGAGUCUUUGCAACCCAAUUAUUGCUAGGAUGUAUCAAGGAGGUGCUGGACCUGACAUGGGUGGUUUUGGUGGCAUGGAUGAGGAUGGUCCUUCAAUGGGUGCUGGUACUGGUCCAGGGCCUAAGAUUGAGGAAGUUGAUUAAGUGGAGCUUGGAGGAAGCAUAUGACUGCCUGGAGGCCUGCAAUUGGAGGGGAUAUGUUAUGUUUAGUUAGCUUAGUUUACUUUUCAAGUUUUUUACUUUCCUCUAACAAGAUUAUGGUGGAGUAGGUUGUAUUUUGGAUACUUCAUGGAAAUCUGGUGCAGUAGGUUGUAGUUUGGACACUCAAUGGAAAUAUCUGAAUCUUAGUUAAAUUUUUUAUGCUUA